ACGCGGCGCUUUUUCGGCGCCUGCGCGCGGCAACGGCGCCAGACUCAGAGUCUCCAGCUUCCGGCGCGCGGUCCUUGCGGAGGGAGGCAUGGCGGCGCCCACCGCGGUCUUGGGUCCCUCGGCCCUCGGCCAGAGCGGCCCCGGCUCGAUGGCGCCCUGGUGCUCUGUGAGCAGUGGCCCGUCUCGUUACGUGCUCGGGAUGCAGGAGUUGUUCCGAGGCCACAGCAAGACGCGUGAGUUCCCGGCGCACAGUGCCAAGGUACACUCGGUGGCCUGGAGCUGCGAUGGCCGUCGCUUGGCCUCGGGGUCCUUCGACAAGACUGCCAGCGUGUUCUUGCUGGAGAAGGACCGGCUGGUCAAAGAAAACAACUACCGGGGCCAUGGGGAUAGUGUGGAUCAACUUUGCUGGCACCCAAGCAACCCGGACCUCUUUGUCACCGCAUCUGGAGAUAAAACCAUUCGUAUCUGGGAUGUGAGGACUACAAAAUGCAUUGCCACCGUGAACACGAAAGGGGAGAACAUCAACAUCUGCUGGAGUCCCGACGGGCAGACCAUCGCAGUGGGCAACAAGGACGACGUCGUGACCUUUAUCGACGCCAAGACACACCGCUCCAAAGCAGAGGAGCAGUUCAAGUUUGAGGUCAAUGAGAUCUCGUGGAACAAUGACAACAACAUGUUCUUCCUGACCAACGGCAACGGCUGCAUCAACAUCCUCAGCUAUCCAGAACUGAAGCCUGUGCAGUCCAUCAAUGCCCAUCCUUCUAAUUGCAUCUGCAUCAAGUUUGACCCUAUGGGGAAGUACUUUGCCACAGGAAGUGCGGAUGCCUUGGUCAGCCUCUGGGACGUUGAUGAGUUAGUGUGUGUGCGGUGCUUCUCCAGACUGGAUUGGCCUGUGAGGACUCUCAGUUUUAGCCAUGAUGGGAAAAUGCUGGCGUCGGCUUCGGAGGACCAUUUCAUUGACAUAGCUGAAGUGGAGACAGGAGACAAGCUAUGGGAGGUGCAGUGUGAGUCCCCGACCUUCACCGUGGCUUGGCACCCCAAGCGGCCUCUGCUGGCUUUUGCCUGUGAUGACAAAGAUGGCAAAUACGACAGCAGUCGGGAGGCUGGAACUGUGAAGCUGUUUGGGCUUCCCAAUGACUCCUGAGAGGGCCAACGGAGAGAGGAGGCCCGGCGGACUAUUUGGGCUUCCUAAUGACUAUACCUGACGGGGAGAGGAGGCCUGGGCUUCAUAGUGACUCCUGAGAGGACCUGACGAGGAGAGGAAGCUGGGCACAGGCCUUCCUUUUUGUAUAGUUCAGUGUAGCCUUUUGGACUUUGUGGGCACCCUAAAUGUUUAUAAAUGUCAUAAACUACAAAAGCAAUCUUUGGUCAGGUUGUGCAUACCUUAACCCUCUUUGUGGCACUGGAAAUUGACUUAGCCUCACUUGUGGUAAGCAAGUGCCCACCCUUAGCUCCAUCCCCAGCCACUUCUUGGGUUUUGUUUUGUUGUAUUUUGUGUUAGUUAGCUAAUAUGGACUUUGCAAGUAUGGGUUAUGAUCUGUUGUUUUAGAGUUUUCUAAAGGAACACAACUGGUAGAAUAUCUGUCUAAGAACAGAACUGAUAAACUGUUUGUCUGUAUAUAUCUAUGUCUCUCUAUAUGGGAUUUUAUCAGAGUGACUUACAGGCUGUAGUCUGGAUAAUCAGUCCAACUACACUGUCUCCUGAUGGAAAGGCCAAGGAUCCAGUAGUUGUUCAGUAGUGCUAAUCUGGCGCUGGAGUCCUGAGGAAUUCCUAGAGAUCGUUGGUCUGUGUUGGAAUCCUGAAGAAGUAGGUUCUCAUUACCAGGGAAGGGAUGCCUCAGCAGCAGGGUAGAUGCACCAGGCAAUGAGAGUGAGGGCAAGCAGGCAAAAGCCAAAGCCAACUUUCCGUAACCUUUCAUAUAGGCUCCCACCAGCAUGUGUGUCCUAGGUUUAUGUGGGUCUUCCCACCUCAGGUGAUCAAGAAAAGUCUCACAGGUGUGCCCUGGUGGUUGGGUUUCAGUGAUUUCCAUUUGCUGCUGUCAAGUUGACAACCAAGAUUGCCCACCACAUGAUGAGCAUAGCCUGCCUUCUGUGAGUGCUUCGUUUUCUGGAUUUUACUAUGGCAGAGUUUGUUGGACAUGCCGCUUAGGCAGUAUCUAUUUAGAGGCAAGGUAGCAUAGGUAUGGGAGUUUUAAAAUUUUUGAGAACUGAGCAUUCAAUAAAACUGGCUUUUAUUAUGA